AUGUCCAGAAGAGACCAGCGGUUCAGGAGAGGAAUGAAGGGAAGGUGUAAGGAGUGCAGCUGCAUCCUGUCAAAUUGGUAUUAUGAGCGAAACGGAGAGCUGUACUGUAAGAAGCACUACUGGACCCGAUACGGAGAGCACUGCCAUGGCUGCAAGGAGGCCAUUACGACCGGACUGAUAAUGGUCGCUGGAGAUCAGAAGUUUCACACAGAAUGUUUUUCAUGCAGAAACUGUGCAACAAUUAUCGGGGAAGGAGACACGUACACGUUGUUGGAGCGCUCCGAACUCUACUGUGGCCACUGUUUUCGACAGCGUGUAGACACAGAUGCAUCACAGACUCCUCCACUUACCAAAAGAAGACACAUGGUGGCGCUGGUGUAUUUCCCUCCUCAGCCAGGCGGUCAUCGAGGCCUGUCCAUAGACAUAGAUGCCAGUCAAGAAAAAGCCCCUCUUCUUACUGUGACUGACUUGAACCCAGAUGUCCUUAGCACUGGUUUGUUGUCUACUCUUCAUGUUGGUGACAGAGUUUUGGAGAUCAAUGGUCUCCCAGUCUCCACCAUAACACCAGAAGAUAUCCACGGUGUGAUGGAAGAUUCAAGUAAACCGCUACAGCUGACCAUUGAGCACAACCCUGCAUCUCAGAGCCAACAGGACCCCACGUCUUCAGACAAACCCAACCCUGAUAAACUCACUCUGAGCCACAGCCUCCCGUGUGUGGAGGAGGAGCCCAAUUCCACUGAGGAGACAGAAGCUCCAGGUCAGGUCCAGCUGUCGCCUCCACACCAGAGACUCAGAUCUCGACACAUUAUGCGGAGCUGCAGCAUAGACAAGUGUCCUCUAUCUCCCGGUUCACUGACACAUUUGGCACAGCGCAGGGACAUGGUUCGGUCGGAAUCCCUCAGAGUGGACCACGGGGACCGAUCUCAUCGCAUCUUUAGGCCCUCGGAUCUGAUAUAUGGAGAGGUCCUGGGAAAAGGCUUCUUUGGACAGGCUAUUAAGGUGACCCAUCAAGCAACAGGGGAAGUAAUGGUAAUGAAAGAGCUGAUACGUUUUGAUGAAGAGACCCAAAACACGUUUUUAAAAGAGGUAAAAGUCAUGCGCUGCCUUGAUCAUCCCAAUGUACUGAGGUUCAUUGGGUUAUUUUACAAAGAUAAAAGAAUACACUUUGUCUCUGAAUACAUCCAAGGAGGGGCUCUGAGAGAGACUAUAGAGAAAAUGGACCAAGAUUUAUCAUGGAGUCUAAGAGUGAGUUAUGCAAAAGACAUCGCAGCAGGAAUGGCCUAUUUACAUUCAAUGAAUGUGAUUCACCGAGAUCUCAAUUCUUACAAUUGUCUGGUCAGAGAGAACCAGUCAGUGGUGGUAGCGGAUUUUGGGCUGGCCAGGUUAGUGCCUAAAGACAAGAUUAAUUCGUCUUCUUUGGAGAGACCAGCUAAAAGCUCCCCGACACAGGGCCGUAAACCCGACCGGAGAAAGCGAUACACGGUGGUGGGAAAUCCCUAUUGGAUGGCCCCAGAGAUGAUACAUGGAAAAAGUUAUGAUGAACGAGUGGACAUAUUUUCUUUUGGCAUCAUGAUCUGUGAGAUAAUAGGCAGGGUGAGUGCUGACCCAGACUUCCUCCCGCGGACACUGGACUUUGGGUUAGACGUGUCUGGGUUCCUGAAGCAGCACCACCCUGCGGACUGCCCCUCUGCCUUCCUGCCCCAUGCCGCCCUGUGCUGUGACAUGGACGCGGACAAACGACCGCCGUUCUCACAGCUGGAGGAGUGGCUGGGAAACCUCUACAUGCACCUGGACAUGGGUCUGCCUCUGCACUCGGAAUUAGAACUGCUCCGUUCAAACUUCUGGAAAAGAUACAGCAAUCACAUCAUUAGCGAAGAUAUCGACGCCAUAUCGAUUCAAAACAAGGACGGUGGAACGCAGAGGAGUGCCACAGACACGCAACAUUGCACAGACAACGAAAAUAACCAAAUUGAAUUGCCUUCACUCAAUCCCAGCGUGGGUAAAAACUGCUCCCCAGACUCCGAUGAAGAUCAGCUGAUGCCAGACGAGUACAAGAAGCGGACGGACAGCAGUCGCGUCUUUCCCAAAAAGGAUUGUAAAAAGCACCUGAUGAGCCACGGCUGCUCCCAGAAGAUCUGCAGGUCUCUGGGUAAAGAUGCGACAAACUGUAAAUGUAAUUACACAACAGGAGACAAGAAACCACUGGAGCCAUUGCCUACACAACCACUGCAUGAAAACAACUGCACUCAGACUAAUCGCAGACUGUGCAGAGUUCCCUGGGACAGAUCUAAGGAGGACUCGUAUCUAUGA